AUGACACAACUCACUGCAAAAGACGCGCGCAACACGCUCCCGUCAGAACAACAGCCACCACCAGAACUUACUUCAGUCGCCGAAAAGACACUCCCAUCAAAAUGCAAAGAUGGCUCGCUUCUCACUUACUGUCCGACUAUGGACCUGAUAGCGCUAGCCACUGAAGAUGAGCAGUUAUAUGUUUUCAGACUCAAUGGGCAGGAAGUGCUAAGUGCUGAUUUGGCGGGGGAUCCGUAUUUGGAUGAGGUCAAGGGUGAGAUUAGAGGAGUAAGAUGGAAGAAUGAUGGUCGCUUGCUGGCAGUUGCCGAUGCAGAGAAUAAACUCCGCAUCAUAAGUUCGUAUACCGGCAAAACAGUGCAUCAUUUCUCGUGUCUCCCACACGAAGCAGAAGGUCAUUCAUCAAGCCCCAAUGAAUCCACCAAAGACCCAAAAGAUAUCCGAAUUACGUGUAUUGGCUGGGGCGUGAAUUUCACAGAUAGCAAAGCAGCCCAAACCCAUCUUCGAGACGGCAAUGGCCAAAUCUCCGUUCAAGAUUUGUUAGCUCCCGAUACAGACCCAGUCAAGGCGGCGUUGCAGCUCAAGGCAGAUUUACCGCGUGAAUUGGCGCUGCUGGAUAUUGAGAGCUCGUUGCCGAGAUUGAGUACGCUGCCUGGGAGUGGGAGCGAUGAGGAUUUGUUCAGCAGUCGAGCGUCGCUUGAUACCAUCUUUCAAUCUUUUAAUAGGAUGACAAGCGAUGCUGUGGAUGUGCUGUUUGUGGGCUUGAAUGAUGGCAGAGCCCAUCUUAGGAUUUUUGACUGUUUCGAGAUCGGAAAUUUCUCAGUAGCAGCAAACAAAACGCCAGCAUCAACUCAAGUCGAGACCUUGGCGCACUCGUCUCAUCCAAUGAGCUCAACACAUGCAAUCGUACUAUCUGAAAAAGCCGACGGUGUCCCUAAUUCAAUUUUGAAGGUCAUGUCACUCGAUCUACGGUUCAUCACGAAAUCCGGACGUUACUUAUCUUUACUAGCAUUCAAGAUCACGCAGUUGCAAAAUCUGCUGCGGUAUAUCAAUCAAACACAACGGCAAAUUACGCUCGAGUGGAAGAAUGUCUAUGAAUUGCCUGCUCGGUUUAUGAGAAGUAUUGCCGAUGAGUUACAAGAAAAGUGUCACUGUGAUUUUGUCACUGCCUUGUAUCAUUUGGUUGUUACAGGAAAUUGUUUUCCGCCGGUGAAGGAUUUUUUGGUGGAUAUUGUUGGUGAACGGGGCCAUAAACGAUGGGAAAAGACAGUGUCCUCGGGAUACGAGAAUGUACGUAGGCUGACUCAUGAAUGUUUGCUGCCUGCGCUACAGAGAUGCGAGGUCCUUCUUAGUCGGUUGAUUGGUAUCUCAAAAUUCCACAAGCUCAACCAUAUCCUCGGCCUUGAAACACGUGAUUUACAGGAAGUUGUUGAGACACUUGACUGUCUUCAUCUUCUAUCGCAUUCAAUCCUUACGAAGACAACUCGCGAACUACACCAGUUCAUGGAGUUUGCGAGAUGGCUACGCCAUGAGAUUGAUAUCCAGACCGCUGAGCCCAUGUCUCAGACUUUGGAAGAAUUGCUUGAAAAGAGUGACUUGAUUGACCACGCUACGACUCUUGAGUAUAUAGAAGGUGCACUCACCAAAAGCUCUCUUGGUCGGUAUAUCUCUUCAACUCAUGGGACAACAUCAGCGGCGGGAGAUGCGCAAAAGAGAGUCUCAGACGGAGAGAAACUUUCUUUCUACCAGUCAUUCAAAAACACACUAGCUGCUGAAGAGGACCAAAAAUCAGGAGACCGCAACAACAGCAACAACAACAGCAACAACAACAAGAAUGAGCCGUCUCGACCUGCCCUUCCCCAGCUGAACGAUCUUAUUGCACGACUUGAGUCGCAAUGCGGAAAGGUCUUUGGUAAGAUUGCUCUGACUCAAAGACGAAGUAUCCUGCACCAUUGUUUGUUGGUUCUUCAUCCGGAUUGUGAUUCGAAUGUGAUUGAUACUACCAUGCAAUACGAGAGUCUGGAUAUUGAGGACGAGUAUGCGGUUUAUGUGGCUUCAAGACUGAGAAGUACACCGAAUACACUGCUCAUAUACAAGAUCACGAUACAAUGUACGAAUGGCGUGAGCUCAACGAAGAAUGUUUCAGUGGCCUCGCUGCGUCUGCCCGGCGGAGAGAUCAAACAGGCCCAGUUUGUGGAAGAUGGAACUAUUAUGCUGCUGUAUACAGAACAAGGCCGGUCAUAUUUACUUGACUUCCCUAUAUCUCCGUCAAACACCGAUAACGAAGCUGAAUUCCGCCCAGAAUAUACCAUCAUGACUGACUCCCAGUCACUUCCAACCCCAACCGAUCUCGGCGUAUUCAUAUUACAUGCAUUCCCAACCUCGGGAAUCAAAUCAAAGCCAGUCAGAAUGAGCGUCAACGGCCGAAAGGAUCGAAGAGCAGCCUGUAUCCUCUCUGCUGAUAUGAUGCAUUACGAGGUUCUGGAUAUUGAUAAUCAGGUCGAGAGUGAAGAUGAGAAUUCAUGA